GGUCAACAACGGACAACAAUAACAGCAAGCUAUUCAUUCUAUCCAGGUCUCAUUUGUAUGCCCAACACUUUUGUAUUAUUAUUGUUGUUGUUCAAUUAAUUUCUUUGGCGUGUUUCAAUAUGUUUAAUGCCGUUCGAUUCUCGUCCCGGGUGGGAUUACGCACCGUACGAUGGAAUUCGACCAGCAGCUCCGUUCCUCCAUUGAUGGUCAAGCUUCGUUCAGAUCUCAAAGACGCAAUGAGAGCAAAGGAUACUCCACGACUCAAUGUCCUGCGAGCUCUUAUUUCUGAGACCAACAACGCCGCCAAAACCUCAUCUCCAAUCGAGACGGAUCUUCAGCUCCUCUCUCUGAUCAGGAAAAAGAUUUCUGCCUCUAAGGACGCUGCGGAGCAAUUUCUAAACGCCAACAGAUCAGAUCUGAAGGAAAAGGAAGAUGCUCAAAUUGCCGUAUUCGAGGAAUAUGCCAGCCAGGUCCAAACAAUGACACCCGAUGAUAUCAAAGCUGCCGUCACUAGCACCAUUUCUCAACUGGGGGCUGACACCAAGCUGAAUGUGGGAGCCGUGCUAAAGAGUAUCUUUGCCCCCGGGGGUGCUUUGGAUGGAAAGCCGGCUGAAAAGUCAGAGGUUGCUCACAUUAUUAAGGAGCUCCUUUCGAAGAACUAGAUACCAAUGAUGCGGGUACAUCAUUAAUCUCUCUUUCUCACCAUGUACUACUAUAUCUCUUCUCAAAACAUUGAUGCAUUGCUG